AUGACGGAUAAUUCUGCCGCAGAGAAAGCAGCCCUGCAAGCUGUUUGGCCCCAGGGGACACAGCUGCUUUGCUUUUUUCAUGUUGCACAAGCAGAGUGGAGGUGGCUCACGGCAGCUUGCAACAACAUCGGAAAAGAGCAGAGAAGAAGUCUCAUGUCAGCAUUCCGGCAGAUCAUGUAUGCUGACAGCACUGAAAAGCUGGAGAGUGCUAUCAAAAACUUCCGAGAGAGUUCCCACACAUCGUAUCUAUCACGUGUGGAAGCCUUUUUGGACCGGAAAGAAGAGUGGGUGCUGUUGUUUCGUAGCAAGCUCACAACACGUGGCCACAACACCAAUAAUUUUGCAGAGGCUUCCAUUCGGAUUUUGAAAGAUAUUGUUCUUUCAAGAACAAAAGCAUUUAAUGCUGUGGCUCUAGUGGAAUCAAUAUCAGAAGUAUGGGAGCUCUACUUCAAGAGCAGAAUUUUAAAGCACGCGCACAACCAUGUCCCCACACACCAGCUGCUCUACGACAGCCGUCUGAAGAAAACACCAGAAGGAGCUCAGGCAUCAGUCGUCUCACUUGGGGACAACUGCUUUUUGGUGCCAAGCUUCCAAAAGAACGGCGAAAUUUAUGAUGUGUGCGGAGAUAUAGGCACGUGUACAUGCCGAGCUGGUUGCACAGGUGCCUUCUGCAAGCACCAGGCGCUUGUACACAAACAUUUUGGUGGUAUUUUUCCGAACUGCCCAGCACUGACAAUAACUGACCGCCAUGAACUGGGAAGACUGGCCCUCGGAGAUUUGUGCCCAGGCAUAGAGUUUUUUUCAAACUUCUGUGACACCAACGAAGUGCAAAGUGAGCAUGGCCCAGCACUUCAACAAGAAAUGUGUCCUGCUAAUGCAAACGAGAAUGAAGAGAGAGCAGACCCUCCAGCUGUCCUUGGACGAGAAGUGUGUCCAACAUCAGGCCUCAAGCAGCAAGACAGUCAGGAUGUGGACAACAACCUUGAAGCUCUCUUUGAGCAGAUGCGGCAGAUUCAUGCUGAGGAGAAAGGCAACGAAACUACUGCCAUGUGUAUGCGAGCACAGAAGACGAACGGAUGUCAGCUGUUCGAGCGAACUCUGUGCACGGAUGCUGUACACUGGUUCAAGGGCAGCAACAAGCCCUGCCACUACAAAGUGCACAACCUCUACGGGAAGGCCAUGAGCCAAGCCACAGUCAAAUGCAGGAGCAAAGCACUUCGGACACUGGAUAAUGUCUUCGUACGGUUGACCCCGAGCACAAGUGACAGCUGGUGUAAGGGUUGCCCCAGCCCAAAGUCUCAGGUCAAAAGCAGGGCCAUAGCUCUGCUGAAGGAAUCUAACCUGGGGAAAUUGGAAAAACAGGUGUCGAGCAGUCAUCCCUACAAGAUUAGCGGCUCCAACAUUUUGGUUGAAGAGCUAAAGGCUGGCAUUCCAGGAGCCAACACCGCUUUGUCCAUUGAAGUGGAAGAUCUGUUCUAA